CGCCGAAGCCGCAGGGAGACGCAGUUCCGUGGAAAGUUUUCGGAGUCAUGGAAGCGAGUGGAGUCCGCUGCCCACUGUCCCGCGGACUAACUGCGAUUCGGGGAUAAAACACAAGUUACAAACAGCUGGACGUGUUUGGCGCGGUUGGAUGCUCGUUCCGAACGUGGUGUUUUAGAGUGGAAAAGAGGAGCGCGUUCCCGACCCGAGUCUCUCCGACUCCGAGAUGUGCGCGCUACUGCCGCCGCCACCGCCGCCGCUGCUGCUCUUCUUCUUCUUCUUCUCGCUGCUGUGGGCGCUCCCGAUCGCUGCGGGACGCACCGGGGACGGGGGCGCGUGUCUCUCUGCCUGCACGUGCGCCGGGGACCUGCUGGACUGCAGCGCGCUCAGGUGGAAGAGGGUGCGAGGAGAGAUCCCCGCGUGGGUCGCCCAUCUAGAUUUGAGCCGUAAUAAGUUGCAGCUGAUUGAUGCCAUCGUGUUUGCCAAGUUGCGCCACCUCAAUGAAUUGAAAUUAAAUAACAACGAACUGGAUUCAGUGCCAGACCUGGGACUUUGUUCAUCAAACAUCACAGUUCUUAACUUAGCCAACAACAGGAUAUCGAAGGUGCUUCUGGAGCAGCUGCAGCCGUUUCAGUCGCUGGAGAUCCUGGAUCUGAGCAACAACAAUGUGGCGGAGCUGAGGGCCACCUCCUUCCCUGCGCUGCCCCUCAAGUUCCUGUUCAUGAACAGCAACCGCAUCUCCUCCCUGGAGCCGGGCUGCUUCAGCAACCUGUCCGCGACGCUGCAGGUGCUGAAGCUGAACCGGAACCGACUGUCCUCGAUCCCAGCCAAGAUCUUCCAGCUGCCCAACCUCCAGCACCUGGAGCUGAACCGGAACCGGGUGAAGCGGGUCGACGGCCUGGCCUUCCACGGGCUGCACUCGCUCAAGUCGCUCAAGAUGCAGAGGAAUGGCAUCGGCAAGUUGAUGGACGGCGCCUUCUGGGGCCUCAGCAACAUGGAGACCCUGCAGCUGGAGCACAACAACCUGACGGAGGUGAGCAAAGGCUGGCUCUAUGGGCUCCUCAUGCUGCAGCAGCUGCAGCUGAGCCACAACGCCAUCGCAAGGAUCCGGCCCGACGCCUGGGAGUUCUGCCAGAAGCUCAGCGAGCUUGACCUGGCGUCCAACCACUUGACUCGGCUCGAGGAGUCCAGUUUCUCUGGCCUCAGCGUUCUGGACAGACUGGACAUCAGUGACAACCGUGUGAGCUUCAUUGCCGACGGAGCCUUCCGGGGUCUCUCGCACCUGCAGACGCUGGAUCUGAGAAACAACGACAUAUCGUGGACCAUCGAGGACAUGAACGGGCCCUUCUCGGCGCUGGACCACCUUCGCCAGUUGUUUCUUCAGGGAAAUCAGAUCCGGUCCAUUACCAAGAAGUCGUUCUCAGGACUCGACACGCUCAUGCACCUUGACUUGAGCAACAACGCCAUCAUGUCCAUUCAGGUGAACGCCUUCUCGCAGAUGAAGCAGCUGGAGGAGCUGCAUUUGAACACAUCGAGCCUGCUGUGCGACUGCCAGCUGAAGUGGCUGCCGCCAUGGGUGGCCGAGCGCCGCUUUGCGCCCUUCAUCAAUGCCAGCUGUGCCCAUCCGCAAGUGCUCAAGGGGAGAAGCGUGUUCGCCGUGGACCUUGACGACUUUGUGUGUGAUGACUUCCCGAAGCCCCAGAUCACGGUGCAACCCGAGACCCAGUCGGCCCUCAGAGGCUCCAACGUGACCUUCGUGUGUUCGGCGGCAAGCUCUAGUGACUCCCCAAUGACCUUCGCCUGGAAGAAGGACAACGAGGGGCUGAGCGAUGCCGAAGUCCACAACGAAGCGCACCUACGUGCGCGCGGUGCCGACGUCACCGAGUAUACGACGGUGCUGCACCUGCGCCAAGUCGAUUUUGCCAGCGAGGGAAAGUACCAGUGUGUGAUCUCGAACCACUUUGGCUCCUCUUACUCUAACAAGGCCAAGCUCACAGUGAACAUGCUGCCCACGUUCACAAAGAUGCCCAUGGACCUGACGAUUCGGGCCGGCGCCACGGCCCGGCUCGAGUGCGCCGCCACAGGGCAUCCCGCCCCCCAGAUCGCCUGGCAGAAGGACGGUGGCACGGACUUCCCGGCCGCUCGCGAGCGCCGCAUGCACGUCAUGCCCGAGGACGACGUCUUCUUCAUCGUGGACGUGACCCCGGAGGAUAUCGGCGUGUACAGCUGCACGGCCCAGAAUGUUGCCGGGGCCAUAUCGGCCAAUGCCACGCUCACCGUCCUGGAAACGCCGUCGUUCCUGCGGCCGCUGGUGGACCGGACGGUCGCUCGGGGGGAGACGGCCGUGCUGCAGUGCAUCGCGGGCGGCAGCCCGCCCCCCAGGCUCAACUGGACCAAGGACGGCGGCCCGCUGCUGCUGACAGAGCGGCACUUCUUUGCUGCGGGCAACCAGCUGCUCAUCAUCGUGGACAGCGCGGAGGCCGACGCGGGGAAGUACACCUGCGAGAUGUCGAACCCGCUGGGCACGGAGCGCGGGAACGUGCGCCUCGGCGUGCUGCCAGGCCCCAACUGCGAGUCGGGGCCAAACGGCGCAGCCGUCGAGGAGGACGGCUGGACCACGGUUGGCAUCGUUAUCAUCGCCGUGGUGUGCUGUGUGGUGGGCACCUCGCUGGUCUGGGUGGUCAUCAUCUACCACACACGGCGGCGAAACGAGGACUGCAGCGUCACCAACACGGAUGAGACGAACCUGCCCGCGGACAUCCCGAGCUACCUGUCCUCCCAGGGGACGCUGGCCGAGCGCCAGGACGCAUACGUUCCCUCCGAGAACGGCAGCAGCCACCAGUUCAUGGCCUCCUCCGUCGGCGGGUUUUACUCGACGCAGAAAGAUAUGAAUGGCUUGUGCCACCUGGACACCGGAAGCGAGGUGGACAUGGAAGCCGCCAUCGAUCCCCUGCUCUACCACUACCAAGGAGCCUUCGGGUCUCUGCUGAGGAGAGGGAACGUGUACAGCGCCGACUCGUCGGAAGCCUUCCGAAGCUGCGUGGCGGAGCCCGGGCCCGCGUGCCUCGACUCGUACGGCGGCAGCCUGACCCACCCCAGGAAAGAGGGCCACCGUCCCCGGCGGAGCUCGCUGCAGGGCCCGGCGGAACUUCGCAGCUGCGAAGGGUGUCCCGCGGAUGCGGACUGCCCGCCAGGGACCGCUUUCAUGGGGACUUUUGGGAAAGCGGCUUGGCGGCCCCAGGCCGACGCUUACCCGGCUCCGGGCCCGGCCGGUGCGCUCAGAGCCGUGACGCUGCUGGAGAACCCGUACACGGCGGUGGACGCCGACUCGGAGCACGAGGGCGACGGCGUCCGCUCUUUGGCGCGGGACUCCGAGGCGGAGCUCGGCUGCGACGUAUACGAGCAGCCGUUCGACGGCGAGAGGACAGGCGCGUAUCGCUGCGGCGCCGUGAGCACGUAGCGGCCCUGCGGCCCUGCGGCCGAGUCUCCUCCGGCAGAGGAGCGCAAACUACCUCAGUACUGGACACGCUUGGCUGUGCAACGUUUGAAUGUAAGGGAAACGUGGGACUCGGAAGGAACGCGGAAUAGCGCCGGGAACGUGAAACUAUUCUCGACGUCGAUUGUAAGGACGGGCGGCGAAUUCGGAGGAAGAAGAUGCUAAAUGUACAUUUUUAUACAAAAGUAUAUUUUGUAAAUUAAUAGUGUAAAUAGAAUCUAUUAUUUUUUGCUUUCUUCCCCCAAAUAUGCAUUUUAAUGGAAUUAUGUUUUCACUCUUAAGCUUUUCAUACGUUAUGCACCCUUUGCACAUAAGUAAAUGCAAUAAAAGUACAUGUCCAUGUGCUGCUG